AUGGCAAGCAGUGAAGACAAGGUAAGUGAACCUCCAAUCAAGAAAGUGCAAGAAAUGGACAUAAAUCAAAAAAUAGACUAUGAAAUAAAAGAUAUAACCAGUGAUUUAAUAGGAAAAACAGUUAAAUUCCAUGGAUGGGUACGUAAUUUCCAUCAAGUAGGCAAAAAAGCCUUUUUUACAGUAUACUCAGCAGGGUACACAGCCAAGUGUAUAUACACAAAUAACGAUAAAAAGAUCCACCUGACUAAACAUACAACAGUCAUCAUAACAGGACAAGUAAAGAAUAAUUAUACAAAGGAUACCUUCCCAUGCGAAGUGCACGUCACCUCCUGUGAAGUAUUUAAUGGUAAAGUGGCCCCACACUUAGAGGUAGAUAAGGACCAGACAAGUGAAUCAUUCUUAUUAGACCACCAGCAUAUUUUAAUACGUGACUCUGAGAAAGCGGCCGUAUUAAAAGUGCGUGCUGAAUUAUUGAAGAUAACCCGUACAUUUUAUGAUAAAAAUGAGUACACUGAGAUAACCCCACCCACACUCGUACAGACACAAGUUGAAGGAGGGAGUACUUUAUUUAAAUUAGACUACUUUGGUGAGGAUGCAUUCUUAACACAGUCAUCCCAGUUAUAUUUAGAGACCGCUGUGCCCGUAUUUGGCCGGGCGUACUGUAUUGCAUCUUCAUACAGGGCCGAGAAGAGCAAUACGAGAAGGCAUUUAAGUGAGUAUACGCAUGUAGAAGCAGAAUUAGCAUGGAUUGAGUUUAAUGAUUUAUUAUCAGAGAUUGAAGACUUAGUCAUAUUCUUAACGGAAGGGUUUAAUACGCGGUGCAUCCCGAUCCUGGCGCAUUUUGGGGUUAAGGUUAGUGCAGUGCCUGUCCCCAGCAAGCCCUUUAAAAGGGUCCAGCACAGUGAGGCCAUAGAUAUAUUACGUAAGCAUAAUAUUAAGAGGGAGGAUGGUCAGGCGUAUACGUAUACGGAUGAUAUACCAGAUGCCCCUGAGAGGUACUUAUGCGAUGUGGUUGGGUCUGGGUCUCCUGUGUUCCUGACUAAGUUCCCUGUGGAGAUGAAGAGUUUUUAUAUGGAGCGGGUUGAGGGUGGCCUGACUAACAGCUGUGACUUAUUAUACCCUGGUGUGGGUGAGGUAGUUGGUGGGUCAAUGAGACUGUUUGAUUAUGACGAUUUAUUAGCUGGGUUUAAGCGGGAGGGGAUAUCUCCUGAGCCAUAUAAAUUUUAUACUGACCAGGCCUUAUACGGCCCAUUCCCGCACGGUGGGUAUGGACUGGGGUUUGAAAGGAUCCUUAUGGGGUUUAUGCCUGAGAUUGUUUCUAAAGUACGGUAUGCUUGUUUGUACCCUAGGUUUAAUGGUCGGUGCAGGCCUUAA